ACCUCCCUACCCACUGCAUGACAGCUCUCACAUCAUUUCCCUCAAGAAUUCCUGUUACAAAACGCAAACUGAAGAAAUCAGGCCAUUCUAUGAGGAACAACACCAGAACUGGUAUGUACUUGAUGGAUCUCACAGCAAAUGGUGGAUCUGGGACAAAAUCCUAAAGGACACACAAGCAGUUACUAAACAAAUCCAGUUAUACCUGGAAAGAAUACGGCAAGGAAAAGCCGCCAGCAUUGCUGACAUGUGUAUCACGCCAAAUGAAUUGCUUUCUCGGCUGGGAGAGUUUGGGCAAUAUUGUCCUGUGAGCCUUGCGGAAAGAGAAGAACUUAUUGAUUGCUCUGAUUCCCCUUCUCUGAAGUUUGCUGCAGAAUUUCGAGGACAUUACUACAAAAUGGCUGGACAAAAGGAGUUAGAUAAAUUCCUGAAAACUCCAGAAUUAUAUGUUCCUCCGUUAGCACCUUAUCCUCUUCCUUUAUUAAAUAAUUUACCCAAAAGGUUAACUAUAGCAGAUGUGAAAGCUUUAUUUCCUAUGCAAGCUGAACUGCAAGGCUUCUGCCCAGUCACUUUUCUUGAUGGAAAGCAAAGAUAUGAAGCUCUGGUACCUGGGGACAUUGAAUAUGCUGUACUUUAUCGCGAAAAGCUAUAUAUUUUUGAAAAUGAAGAAAAACUUCAGAGGUUUAUGAGAAAACCAGAAAAAUAUUGGAAACUGACACUUCCACAUAAGCUUCCCCCCUUAAAGGAACCUAUAGUGUUGACAGCUCUUCCUCUGACUGGAUAUCUUGAGCAGGGUGUGGCUACAUCUUUAAUAAAAGCAAUGAAUGCAGUUGGUUGCUUAAAGCCAAAAUUUCCAUUCCUGAGUGUGAAAAGGACCGCUUUACUAUUCAUAGCCUUUCAUUUAAAAGCAUAUAACCCUAACAGCCCUGACUAUGUACGAAAGAAAUAUAAAAUGAAGUUGGAACGGUUCAUAGACCAUUGUGAACUUAUCCCAUAUCUAGGCAUCAAAAUGACAAAGAAGUACAAGGAGCCUCAAAAUCGACCUAUUGAUUUUGAUCACAAGUUACAGACUUUCUUGUCUCUCAAAGAUGUGGAUCCAUUAGCGUAAAAUAUUGCAAAAAAUACUAGAAAGUGAUAUAUUCAUAUUUGACUGUUAAAUUAUACAAAUAUGGUUGUUUUUAGAUCCUGCCUAACUACACAACGGAUCAAGAUAAGCUCAUGUCACUGGCUUGUUGCAAGUCUAAAUAAGGCAAUACUGUAGUUUCCUAUAAGAGGGUUUGCAAAAUGCAGUUUGUAAAACUGAUAGUGUACAAACAUAUUUGUAAAUUGCCCUAUAGUCCUAAUUUUGCAAGGAAUUUAGUAAAAAUUGUUUUUCAUAAGUCUACUUCUAAGAAAAUAUGUUUAUAUUUGUGGUUAUAUUAAUAUUCUUCAGUUAAGGAUAGAACUUUAACUGUUAUAAGCUAUUUGUUAAAUCAUUAUUGUUUGACAUUACUGUACUUAAAUAUUUAGUGUGUUUAUUUAAAUAUAAAGACCUGAGACAAUUUGAGAUACUAUGAAGUAUUUCAUAAAUUUGAGAUAAUAUCUUGACUUUCAGUUGUUACUGUAGUGGUUUAAAUUUGUUACUUUUGUUAACUAGUGAAAUAUUAACCUACAUGUAGUUAUUUGAAAGAAUCCACAUUCAGGUCAUUGCUAUUGUUUCUUCCCCACCCAGUUCUAAAUAAAUAUAAGUAAUUGCUUCA